AUGAUGAACGAUCUAGCUGCCGUCGAAUCAGAGAAAAGUAAUCUGGAGGAAAAAGUCUCAGCCAUGGAAAAAACGUACGAGAGUGUGACGUCAUGUGCUUCAUCGUUCAUCGAGGACCUCUCUGCCGAAGAGAUGAACGUGCAUGGAAAACGUGUCGUAAGAGACUAUAUGGCCGGAAUUAUUCACGUACGCGAACAGCUUUCGGCUGCCAGAGAAAGAAGGAAAAGAUGUCUUGAAUUGGUUGACGUUCGUCGCUUGAAAGUUGCAACAGUUCACCCAGCUUGGCUCGAAGAAUUGCAUGAAACCCUGCUGAAAGACUAUAAUCAAAUGGGUGGUGCUGAGGACGAUCUACGCCAUUUACGUGAGGAUCGAAUGAAACUUGAAGAAACGGCCAGG